UACCAAAAGUCUGCACCACAUGGAAAGUUAGUCUGUAUCCGUGUACUGUUGAUAGACAUACACAACAGCACUUCAUCUGGUUAAAUCUUUGCUCUCUGUUUGCACAAAGGAAUUCUCCACCGCAAAGAUUCACUAACAUAGAACUUAGUUUAAAAGCACUUCUUUGACUUUUUCUGAAAUAAUGAGAUCAAAAAGGAAGAUCCGAUCUUGACCUCUCAAACCUAGGAAAAAUAAGUGUUAUGGAAAUAUCACACAUCAUCUUUCUCUGACUGAAAAUACUGUCUGGUUGACAUUCAGAAGACUUCCUUAUUUGCCUGGGAUUUCCUGAUGUAUGGCAGCAUGAUCAGAGCUACUGUACAGGGACUACAACCAGGCUGCCAUGCUUUAAGAUGACCUGGGACAUACUCACAGACCUGCAUACGAACAGAAGUUGAUGACUUUUGGAAAACACUGUACUGACUGCACACAUGUGACAGUUUAUCUCUGACUGCUCAGGUAUCUCCAGGCUUGUAUAUAUUCACUGCUUUUGGAACGUGAAGGAGGUCAACUCUUCUUCUGCACUUACCGUGGCUUCAUUUGAAAUCAUCCAUGUGUAUAUUUCUGGCAACUAAUUUUGCGCCUUAGAAUUGACAGAAUACUACAAGUCGGAAGUGACUACCAAAGGUCAUCUAGACCAACAUUCUCUUCAAAGCAGAGCUAACUUCAAGUAAGUGCAAGUUACACAAGCUUGUCCAGCCAUAUUUUGAAAAUGUCCAACAUUAGAGACACACUGUCACUCUGAGCCCUAUUCUACUGCACAGACACUCUGCCACAAACCUUCUCCUCUCAGUUGGAAAUUCCCUUGUGACCAUUAUCUCUUAGUCUUUCACAAGGCAUCUUCAGGGAGAGUCUAGCUUCAUCUUCUCUACGACCCCCCUUUUAGGUAGUAGAAGCCUGCAAUUCGAUCCCACCUGGUCAUCUCCUCUAGACUAAACAAACACCUGAUUUCUCCUUGCUUGGUGUAUGCUGCAGCCCUCAAACACUAUAGUGCUCCUCCACUGAACUCCCCCCAUUUUGUAACCACCUCUCCGACGAUCAGAACCCAGACCUGCUCACAGUGUUUCAGACAUGGUCUCAAAGGUGUUUAACAGAUGGGAAUAGUCACUUCUCUCAGCCUCCAAGAUACUCUCUUGCUAAUGCAGUUUUUUGUUGCUGCCAGGACUCACUUCUGACUCAUGUUCAGCUCGUUGUCCACCGGGUCCUUUUCUACAGAUCUGCUUUCUAGACAGCCAGCUCCAGCCUGUGCUCUUGCAGAGGGAUACUGCAUCACAGAUGCAGGACUUAGCAUUUGCCUUCGCUAAGUGUCCUGAGAUUCCCAUCAGCCCAUUUUUGCAGCUUGCAAAGGUCCCUCUGAAUGGCUGCCCUGCCUGCCAGCAAGUUACUCAUGAUCCAGGAAUGAGGUGGCUGAGGAUGCAACUGUGUCACAUUGUUAGAGCUGGGAAGAAAGGGUUAAAAGCAGGAGACUGGCACGGAGGACUGUAAAUGACUCAAGUGACCUUGCAGAUGGGAAUAACUCUUGAUGAGCCUGUGUGAAUACCAGCCCAGUGAUCCUCUAACAUGGAUCGAGUUUAAUGGUGCCUGCAUCUCCACUUGUGUACCUCUGCCUGGGUGUUGCUUCAGGGAUCCCCUGGUUAGCAAGGUUUUCUCAAAUAAUGAUGAAGCCCUUAUUAACAAAAAACUACCCAAAGAACUUCUGUUAAGAAUAUUUUCUUUCUUGGACAUAGUUACUUUGUGUCGCUGUGCACAAGUUUCCAAGGCAUGGAAUGUUUUAGCUCUGGAUGGAAGCAAUUGGCAAAGAAUAGACCUCUUUAACUUUCAGACGGAUAUAGAGGGUCGUGUUGUGGAAAAUAUAUCGAAAAGGUGUGGUGGGUUCCUGAGACAACUUAGUCUGAGAGGAUGUCUUGGUGUUGGAGACUCCUCUUUAAAGACCUUUGCACAGAACUGCAGAAACAUCGAACACUUAAAUCUAAAUGGGUGCACAAAAAUCACUGACAGCACGUGUUACAGUCUUAGCAGAUUCUGUUCCAAGCUGAAACAUCUGGAUCUAACAUCUUGCGUAGCCAUCACAAACAGCUCUUUGAAAGGCUUGAGUGAGGGUUGCAGAAAUCUGGAACAUUUGAAUCUUUCCUGGUGUGAUCAGAUUACGAAGGAUGGUAUUGAAGCACUGGUGAAAGGGUGUAGUGGACUAAAAGCUCUAUUUCUUAGAGGUUGCACACAGUUAGAAGAUGAAGCACUGAAACACAUUCAAAAUCACUGUCAUGAACUUGUAAUCCUGAAUUUGCAAUCCUGUACACAAAUUUCAGAUGAAGGCAUUGUAAAAAUCUGUAGAGGAUGCCAUAGACUCCAAUCACUCUGUGUUUCAGGCUGUAGCAACCUUACAGAUGCUUCUCUCACAGCACUUGGUCUAAACUGUCCAAGGCUGAAGAUUUUGGAAGCUGCAAGAUGUUCACAUCUUACAGAUGCUGGGUUUACCCUUCUAGCACGGAAUUGCCAUGAGCUGGAGAAGAUGGACUUGGAAGAGUGUGUUUUGAUAACUGACAGCACAUUGAUACAACUUUCCAUACACUGCCCUAAGCUGCAAGCCUUGAGCUUAUCUCACUGUGAACUGAUCACUGAUGAUGGGAUCCUUCACCUGAGCAACAGUACGUGUGGUCACGAGAGGCUGCAGGUACUGGAGCUUGACAACUGUCUUCUCAUCACUGAUGUGACUCUGGAACACCUGGAGAACUGCCACAACUUGGAGAGAAUUGAGCUGUACGACUGUCAGCAAGUCACGCGAGCUGGAAUCAAACGAAUCAGAGCUCAUCUACCUCACGUGAAAGUUCAUGCUUACUUUGCUCCAGUAACUCCCCCUCCCUCGGUCGGAGGGAGCGGACAGCGCCUCUGCAGAUGCUGUAUUAUUCUUUGACAGUAAGUGCAACCACACAGAAAAUUCUGUCGUUGUUGAAGAAAGGGACUGCAAGUCAGCGGAAGGAGGCGGUUUCCUGACAGUCCUAAUGGUGGUGUUUGGUCAUCCAGUUUUGUGACAAGAAAAGCAUUUUUUUUUUCCAGGUAAAAAUCUUAACGUAAUGUGCAGCUGUGGAUUAAGUUGGUGAUGCUUUGGUUUGUAUUAGUAACUCCUUCCUUCUGUUGGCAUGAGAACUGCAGUACCAUGUAAAACGUGUGGGCAUUGCAGCAUAGCAGCCACUUGGUGAAAGGUCACUAAACUUGGGAGUUAAUUUGCAUUUGUAAGCGCUACUCCAUGUGAAGUUCGAACUUAACAUGGGGCUCGAGUCCAUCACACCAAGGAACUGAACCUGCUGUUCUGUAACAUACAUGACAGAUUAAAUAUCAGGUGUAAGGACAAAUCAGCUUUAGCAGAUGUUGACCAAAAAAAUGCAAAGUAAUCGUAAGCUCUUACAGUGAAACAGCAGCUUAUUCUUUUUCAUGAUUCAGCUUCAUAUUUAAUUACAUAACAGGACAUAAUAGGUAAUGUCAAAAGGUAAGAUAGUACCUCAAGAUAACUGUAUAAAUAGAAAUACUUCCCAAGUUUUUGGACUUGGUUCAGUUGAACUAUGCUCGUACAAAGCUUGCCCGUCACCAAACGCACGUUUAUGCCCAAAGCCAUCGGCCUUUAACAGGGGUAAGAAAUCCACUGUGGUAGAGCUUGUGCACUCUACUGUAACUGGCUGCCACAACCAUACAUGGUGCUGACUGUAACGCCAUUCCUGUGUGUCCUCAGUUACCUCUGUGGUUUGUAUGGAAAGGAUGCAGCAGUUCUAGGAAGAGGGAUGUAUUAUACGUGCUGUUCUACAGAUGAAGAAUGGAAACCAGGUUCAGCUACAGGAAAUAGAAUGGAGCAAGGGAUUCAAGCUGUUUGUCCCAUCCAUUUUAGGGACAAGCAUAGAAUAAACUCUGUAGGUAGGAGUUGAACCAAACCAAACCUGUGGUUUUCAAAUGUAAAAGCCCAACUCUUCAUGUUUGGGGUAAGAAGCUGUCAACUUCUGAAUGGUAAUAAUAAUGAUGAAAUCUAUGUAUUAGCUCUUAAGGCCAUGCUUUCAUCCUUAGUUUUUCAAUGCUAGAGGAUUAGAUAAACUUUUUUAUAUUAAGCAACUUAAUUAUCUGAGAGAAACUACUCGACAGUUCAGAAAGCUUUUUCUGUGUAAGUUUGAUUGUGUGUGUGUAUGUUUUAAGAGUUCAGGGCCUGUGUUUACUGAAAAUUAAAAAGCAGUUGGAAAAGCUACUACUGGAUAGUAAUGCAAUUUCCCCCCCCGCCAAAUUUUAAGCUACUUCUAAAAAGGAGUGUGAACAUGAGACUUCUAUGGAUAGCAACAGCCGGGUUGCAUUCAUGAUUCAGAGGAUGGGGACAGUAAAUUAAGACCUCAUCUUCGGGGUUAAAUUAUAGCUUAGAGUACAGUACAUGGAUUUCUUUACUACUCCAAAGUAAGCCAAUCUGGGCUUCUUUUGCACAGUAGUGGAGUGCUGUUACAAUCGUACACCUAGAGUUCCAUGAAGACACUGCUAUUGUAAUAAGACAGUUUUAAGCAGAUUUUAUUUUCAACUGUACCAGGAAAGUCAUUGGUACCAAUAUGUCAAGAUGUGUUGCCUUUUGUUGGCUCAUUUUUUUCUAAGAACAUAAUGAACCUUGUAAAAGUCCAUUGCAUUAAAGAUGUACAAAAACAAAUGGAACCUACUCCGAUAUAGGACACUUAAAUAAACAAUCAGCUGAUGUCAAACUUGAA